AUGCAUUAUGUCUUCCAGGCUGCAGAAUCCGGCAUAGUGAAGGUGAAGAAUAUAGCUGCACGGAACACUGACAUACUGACAGCUUUGAAGGAGAAUAGUUCUGAAGUAGUUCAACCAUUUCUCAUGGGAUGCGGAACGAAAGAACCGAAAAUCACUCAGCUUUGCCUUGCUGCUAUCCAGCGGCUCAUGUCACAUGAAGUGGUAUCUGAGGCUGCUGCGGGGAAUAUCAUCAACAUGUUAUGGCAGCUUAUGGAAAAUGGGCUAGAGGAACUGAAGCUGCUACAGACGGUUUUGGUACUUCUGACAACUAAUACAGUGGUCCAUGAUGAUGCUCUGUCAAAGGCAAUUGUCCUUUGCUUCAGACUGCACUUCACAAAAGACAACAUAACGAAUAACACAGCGGCAGCAACUGUACGACAAGUAGUUACCGUGGUAUUUGAGAGGAUGGUGGCAGAAGAUGAAAGGCAUAAAGAUGUUGUGGAGCAACCUGUGCCUGUCACUGGAAACAGUAAUAGGAGAUCUGUCAGCACUCUUAAGCCAUGUGCUAAAGAUGCAUACAUGCUCUUUCAGGAUCUUUGUCAGCUGGUUAAUGCUGAUGCUCCCUAUUGGCUGGUGGGAAUGACUGAAAUGACACGAACAUUUGGUCUGGAACUUCUGGAAUCAGUCCUUAAUGAUUUUCCGCAGGUUUUCUUACAGCAUCAAGAAUUUAGCUUCCUCUUGAAGGAAAGAGUGUGCCCUCUUGUGAUCAAGCUGUUUUCUCCAAAUAUCAAGUUCCGUCAAGGCUCUACUAGUAAUUCUUCACCUGCACCAGUUGAAAAACCUUAUUUUCCUAUUUGUAUGAGACUGCUUCGAGUUGUUUCGGUCCUCAUCAAACAUUUUUAUGGCCUUCUGGUGACAGAGUGUGAAAUCUUUUUAUCGCUGCUAGUGAAAUUCCUGGAUGCUGAUAAACCACAGUGGCUCCGAGCUGUAGCUGUGGAGUCCAUACAUAGGCUUUGUGUUCAGCCUCAGCUUCUCAGGUCGUUCUGCCAGUCCUAUGACAUGAAGCAACACUCCACUAAAGUUUUUCGGGAUAUUGUCAAUGCUCUGGGAUCCUUUAUUCAGUCACUCUUCCUUAUUCCGAGUACUGGAAAUCCAUCCAACACAGCAAACCCAAAUGCUGGUUCCAGCUCCAGUGGUCCUGCUACUAAUCAAAACACUUCAGGGAUGGUAGCAGCUGCUGGCAAUGCAAGUGUACUUCCUGCCUUUGAGUACAGAGGUACCUGGAUCCCUAUAAUGACCAUUUCCGUUCAAGGCAGCGCAAAGGCAACUUAUCUUGAAAUGCUGGAUAAGGUAGAGCCACCUACCAUCCCAGAGGGAUAUGCCAUGUCAGUGGCAUUUCACUGCCUGUUAGAUCUUGUGCGGGGCAUCACCACCAUGAUUGAAGGAGAAAUCGGCCAGGCUGAAACAGAUUCCCAGAUUUCAGCGGAAGAGACUCCAUCACAAACUAGUGAUCAAAAAGACCUAAGAACUGUGUCUGACCCACAGGAGCAAGAACCAGGAACUGUUUGGGAAGAAAUGAUCAAUGCCUGCUGGUGUGGCCUUCUCGCUGCUCUCUCACUGCUUCUUGAUGCAAGCACGGAUGAGGCGGCUACAGAAAACAUCUUGAAAGCUGAAAUGACCAUGGCAGCUCUUUGUGGAAAGUUGGGGCUUGUAACACCAAGGGACGCCUUCAUUACUGCUAUUUGCAAAGGUUCCUUACCACCACACUAUGCCCUCACUGUGCUGAACAGUUCAUCAGCUGCUCUAAGCAACAAAACUUAUUCAAUCCAGGGGCAGAAUGUACAGAUGAUUAGUCCCUCUAGUGAUUCACAUCAGCAAGUAGUAGCCGUUGGUCAGCCUCUAGCUCUGCAGCCACAAGGAACUGUUAUGCUUACUGCUAAGAAUAUCCAGUGUAUGCGGACACUGCUUAACUUAGCUCAUUGCCAUGGUGGAUACCUGGGGACAUCCUGGCAGCUAGUACUUGCAACACUUCAGCACUUGGUGUGGAUCCUUGGAUUGAAGCCCAGCAGUGGUGGGGCACUGAAGCCAGGGAGAGCAGUGGAAGGUCCUAGCACAGUUUUAACCACUGCAGUUAUGACCGAUUUACCUGUAAUCUCUACCAUCCUCUCACGACUUUUUGAAAGCUCUCAAUACCUAGAUGAUGUAUCUCUACACCAUAUGAUUAAUGCCCUGUGCUCAUUGUCUCUGGAGGCUAUGGACAUGGCAUAUGGAAAUAGCAAGGAACCAUCCCUCUUUGCUGUAGCCAAGUUGCUGGAGACCGGAUUAGUGAACAUGCACAGGAUCGAAAUUCUAUGGAGGCCUUUAACAGGACAUUUAAUAGAGGUUUGCCAACAUCCGAACUCCAGGAUGAGAGAGUGGGGAGCUGAAGCAUUGACAUCACUAAUCAAAUCAGGCCUGGCUUUUAAACAUGAGCCAGAACUGUCUCAAAACCAGAGAUUGCAGUUGCUGUUAUUAAAUCCUUUGAAGGAGCUGUCAGCCAUAGCUCAUCAUGACAUCCGCCUCAAACAACUGGAGUGUGUAUUACAGAUCUUGCAGAAUCAAGGAGACAGUCUGGGACCAGGUUGGCCUCUGGUUCUCGGAGUUAUAGGAGCAAUAAGAAACGAUCAAGGGGAGUCUUUAAUACGGACUGCUUUCCAGUGCCUUCAAUUGGUCGUGACAGACUUUCUUCCCACAAUGCCUUGCACGUGUUUGCAGAUAGUUGUAGAAGUAGCUGGAAGCUUUGGACUCCAGAAUCAAGAACUUAAUAUUAGUUUAACGUCUAUUGGCUUGUUGUGGAAUAUUUCUGAUUACUUCUUCCAACGAGGAGAAAAUAUAGAAAAAGAACUCAACAGAGAAGAAGAUAUGCUUCAGAUGCAGGCAAAAGAAAAAGGAGUGACUCUAAACCGGCCUUUCCACCCGGCACCACCAUUUGAUUGCCUUUGGCUGUGUCUGUAUGCCAAGCUAGGGGAGCUGUGUGUUGACACGCGCCCUGCUGUCAGGAAGAGUGCUGGCCAGACCUUGUUCUCCACAAUAGGGGCACAUGGAACUUUGCUGCAGCAUCCAACCUGGCACACUGUUAUUUGGAAGGUACUGUUCCACCUAUUAGAUCAAGUACGAGAAUCUUCUACAACAGCUGAUAAAGAGAAAAUUGAAUCAGGAGGUGGCAACAUCCUUAUUCAUCACUCCAGGGACACCGCAGAGAAGCAGUGGGCUGAGACAUGGGUACUAACACUAGCUGGUGUCGCCCGAAUAUUUAACACUAGGAGAUACUUGCUGCAGCCUUUAGGUGACUUUUCAAACGCAUGGGAUGUUCUUCUGGAUCACAUUCAGUCAGCUGCUCUUAGCAAAAACAAUGAAGUCUCCUUAGCGGCUCUUAAAAGCUUUCAGGAAAUUCUACAGAUUGUGAGCCCGACUAGAGAAAUGGAUAAGCCAGAAUCCCUUCCUGGUAUCUCAGUAACUGUUCCUGCUCUUAUUGGGCCAGUAAGUGCUUCUGGACCAGGAAGACCAUUGAUGAGAGCUGACUCGACAGGAGAAAGACUUGCAAGAUAUAACAUUGAGCAACCUAUAGCUAUGGAUGAGAUUGAAGACUCAGCUCUGUGGUGGGCAGCCUGGAACACCUGGUACAGGAUUGGUACGGAAAGUACAAAGCCACCCGCUACAUGUGACAAACUGACAUUCAUUCCAAGUCAGCCUUUCCUCACAGCUUUAAUUCAGAUUUUCCCAGCUCUUUAUCAUCACAUCAAAACUGCUUUUAAUAUGGAUGAGCUACAAAAGCUUGGGGUCAUAUUACAUGGGGCUGUGUCAGUGCCUAUAAGCUCAGAUGCCUCGCCUUUCAUCCUCCCCUCUUAUACUGAAGCAGUGUUGACAAGCCUGCAGGAAUCUGUGCUUACAGCUUUGGAUGUCCUACAAAAGGCUAUUUGUGUGGGACCUGAAAAUAUGCAGAUAAUGUAUCCUGCAAUCUUUGAUCAGUUAUGUGCAUUUGUACAGUUCUCAUGUAAACCUCCACAAUAUGGAAAACUAGAAACAAAGCACAUUGCAAAUGCCAAAUACAAUCAGAUUCAACUUUUUGCACCGGCAGAAUGGGUCGCCUUAAAUUAUGUUCCUUUUGCUGAGAAAUCUUUAGAAGUUGUAGUGGACCUGUACCAGAAAACUGCUUGUCAUAAAGCUGUAGUCAGUGAGAAGGUUCUGCAGAAUGUUAUUAAGACUUUGAGGGUGCCAUUGAGCCUGAAGUAUGCCUGUCCUUCAGAAAGCACAUGGAAGCUAGCUGUAUCAUCCUUACUUAAAGUGCUCUCAGUCGGGUUACCUGUUGCACGGCAGCAUGCUUCCUCUGGGAAAUUUGACAGCAUGUGGCCAGAACUUGCCAACACCUUUGAGGACUUUUUAUUUACAAAAAGCUCACCUCCAGAUAAUCUUUCAAUUGAAGAAUUUCAAAGAAAUGAGAGUAUUGAUGUAGAGGUUGUCCAGUUAAUCAGCACAGAGAUAUUACCUUACGCCAAUUUUAUUCCCAAGGACUUUGUGGGUAAAAUUAUGACUAUGCUCAACAAAGGCUCAAUACACUCCCAGUCUUCUUCAUUCACUGAGGCAGAAAUAGACAUUAGGAUGCGAGAAGAAUUUUCAAAAGUGUGCUUUGAGACCCUGCUUCAGUUCUCAUUCAGCAAUAAAGUGACAACCCCACAGGAAGGAUACAUCUCUAGAAUGGCACUUUCUGUUCUGCUGAAGAGAUCUCAAGAUAUUCUCCACCGCUACAUAGAUGACGAAAGACUGAGCGGGAAAUGCCCUCUGCCAAGGCAACGUGUAACGGAAAUCAUAUUUGUUUUAAAAGCUGUAAGCACCCUCAUAGAUUCUCUUAAGAAAACUCACCCUGAAAAUGUUGAUGGUAACACUUGGGCGCAGGUGAUCUCUUUGUACCCAACAUUAGUGGAAUGCAUUACAUGUUCGUCUUCUGAAGUAUGUACAGCUCUCAAAGAAGCUCUUGUUCCAUUUAAGGACUUCAUGCAUCCACCAGCAGCCAAAGUGCAAAAUGGAGAGUCUUGA